AUGGAGCAGAUGGAAGAUGAAACGACUACAAAAGUGGAUUUGAAAAACAUAGGGACAAGGACACCCCCUGAGGAGAGCCCAACACGACAAACAGGAGGGAAGACCCAAAGCCGGUGUGAAAACCAUGAAUGGAAAGUCGAUGCUCACUCAGAGACGGAGGUCAAUGGCAGAGAGAUCCAGAAACCGCCAAAAUACGACGCAGCCACUUCUCCUUUAUUCUCUCUAAAGCUGUACCUAAGGAGGCCACCGUCUUUAGACUCCAGCAGCUCCUCUUUGACCUCUCAGUCCAGCAACACAGGAAUUGAUUGUGCUGGGAUUGUCCUCAACUGCCUCUUCUGCCAGUUUUACGACUACCAGAAAAUCACAAAUCAGUGCUGUCCAAACUACCAGCAGGUGACCCCUACAGCCCAGUCUCCGGUCAGCAGCGAAGAGAGCUCCUACACGGACUGGGACUGUGGCCUGCUAGCCUCCUGUAAGGAUGCAAACGACUGCCUCGAGCUGGCUAUGGAGGUGUCGGAAAUAUGCUACCACUGA